ACCGUAUCUUGGUGACAGAAAGUUAAGUCUUGUGAAACAGAGCUGCUACAAUUCAUGACAGAUGGAGGGGAAAACAUAAUCUUGCAGAACUUUUCUCUUUUGAUUUUGCACUUUAAACAAAGUCCAAGAAGAUUAUAAUCAGAUAAACAUGGGGCCAGGUUUGCCAAAUAUCUAACAGUAUUACCAAAAGAUCAGAUUUGAUUCUCCAGCCAUCGUGUAAGUUAAAGAUCACCAUAACAUUGUGUUUUUCUAAGUCAUGUUCUUUCAAGAACCAUCGAGAUGGAAUGGUGACCUCACGGCAUUACCUUGGAAACCAUGAUGCAAGUUCUGAGCAUCUUUCAAACUCUGAUAACAGCCUGAGCACUUAAGUACAAAACUGUGCCUAUACUGAUGCAAGGCCAAAACUACAUCCUCUUGGCUUGAGGUAAUUCUCACAAAAAAAGAUGUCAGCAGAGAAUACAGAGCUGGUUAAUAAACAACUUGACAAGAUUCCCAGUCAGCCUUUCCUGCCUGCAAUUCCAAAUGUUUCUGGAAGCAGAGUGCAUUCCCUCGAAGACCGGCUGUCCAACCAGGAGAGGACCACCACCGUUCUUCUGGAUCAGGCCUUCCGAAUCAAGGAUGGCAUUGUUUCUUACCUUCAGGGAAAUAAAGACUUUCAUCAGGGAGAGUCAGCAGCACGCCAACUACUGGAGAACCACAUACAGACUAUCACAAGCAUAGUGAAAAAGCUGAGCCAUGAUAUAGAGGUACUGGAGGGGCAAAUAAAAGCUAGAGAUAACAUGUCAUCAGGAACUAAUUUCGCUAUGCAGAGCCUGGACCAUAAACACUUGCUGGGAGUUGGGGAUCUUCGUGGGAGAGUGGCAAGAUGUGAUGCCAGUAUUGCAAAACUCUCUGGGGAUAUAAAUAUUAUUAGGCUUGAGAUUUCAAAACUUGAGAAAGAAAUUCAAAAUAUCCAGUCCUCCUUGGAAAAUUACUCUAAUAAUGUAGAGAUAAAGGUAAUGCAGCUUUUAGGCAAGAUAGAAACAUCCAGCUCAGAGCAAAACUCCAAUUUAAAGACAAUACAAGGGAAUCAACACCAUGAACUGCAACUCCUAGAUCUUAAGAUAAAUGGUGUUCUAAAUGACUUUAAGGAUCACAUUCAAAACCAACAGAAGUGGAUAGAAAAUGAGAUGAGGAGAUAUGAACAAGAACAAUUCCACUUCACAAAUCAGAUCUUUGGCACAAUGAAAGACAAACUGGAAACUGUGGAAAAUAAAAUGGAAGACAGUUUUUAUUUCAUCUUAAAAAGGAUAGAAAGUACAGAUAAAUCAGAGCAAUUUGACAGAGAGCUGAUCCAUGUAAAAAAUGAUAAUAAUAAACUCCAUGCAAGGAUUGCUAGAUUUGAAAAAAUGAUGUGGAAAGAACUGGAAGAAAUGCAGGCUGAAUAUCGAUCAGGGUUUCAAUCUAUCCGUGAUUCUCUCAGUGCAUUAAAACAAAUACAGUCAACAAAGCUGAAACUCGAGGAAGAAAAGUUCAAACAAGACAUGAAGAAGAUUCGACAAAAGAUAACUGAACUAAAAGAAGAUUGAUGGCAUUUUCUUAAGCAUCCAGAGUAAUGCCGUCCUGUGGACACAUUUAGGAAAUUGAAAAAGAUUAACUUUUUGAUCCUGUAACAGGAACCUUUGUUUUCUUGCGUCUCCCUAUAUUACCUAUAGUAACAAAUUGCCAUUGCAAUAGCCACUUACAGAUCUUUAUCAAAUCCAAAUUAAUCAUAUACAGUAUACUUUAUAUUUUUGAGAAAAUAAAAUUCAACAGCUGCCAGUAAUUGCAUCUAGUAUUGCAUCCCAAAAUUAUCCAACCAUGAAUCUGAUUUGUAGCUCUGCCUAUUAAAAAAUAAACAAAAGAAGUCUGCUAAGCCAA